UUAAAAUGUCAGAAAUUGUUGACGACGUAAGUAGUUCAUCACAAUUACAAAAUAUAUCUGUGAGUAUUGAAAAUGUAGAGAAUCCUUUAGAGUUUGUUGAUGUCAGAAUGGAUACAUUCUCAGAAGACGAAGAGAUUUGCUACGACUCCGAUGGGUUUGACAAAAAUGUAAGAAAGAAUGAACAAGGUGAGUUUGUAUGUACAAAAUGUCCUUUUACAACAACCUCUAGCAAUGGAUACAAAACCCAUAUAAAGUUAUGCAAACAAAAACACCAAAGAACGAAAUCUAGAAAGUGCAAAAAGCCUGCAAUUGUAGAACCUGACCUCUUCGAAUGCGACUUCUGUACCUCCACUUUCACAUCACGAGAAGAUUUCCAAGCUCAUAAGAAAACACACAGGAAAGAUGACACGUUUAAAUGUAAAGUUUGUCUGAAGGAAUUCAGACAAUCGAAGACUUUAACAAGACAUCUGCGCACUCAUUCUGGUGAAAAGCCUUUUGUGUGCACAGUUUGCAACAAAGCCUUCAACCAAUCCUGCAAUUUAGUAUCGCACAUGCGUACACACUUUGAUGACAAGAGACACAAGUGCCCCAUAUGCAGCAGGGAAUUGAAAUAUUUAAGUUCUUUAAAUUAUCACAUGAAAAUAAUACAUAAAGUAAGCGAAGAGAUCAAGCCUGAUGAUGCAGCAAGUAUAUUAACAAACUACUUAGACAGUUUAGACAGCGAUAACAUAUACAAUUGUAAAGACUGCACAAAAACAUUCUCAAGUUUAACAGAUUUAAUAAAACACGAAAAGACUCACACAGAAGACAACUGGUUUGUAUGCGAGUUGUGUAAUAAAACCUUCAAAACAAUAACAGGGCUCUCUUACCACAUGAGAAACCAUUCUGAUGACACUCCUUACAAAUGUAAUGUUUGUGGCAAGUCGUUUAAGCAUUCCAGAACUUUAUCGUGUCACUCCAAAACCCAUUCAGGUGAAAAAAAAUACAAGUGUACAGUUUGCACAAAGGCUUUUGCAGAUUCUAGUAAUCUGGUGCGACAUAUGAGGACACAUUCGGAUAAAAAAGAAUAUAAAUGUAAAAUUUGUAAUAAAAAGUUACAGUAUGAGAAUUCGUUGACGUAUCAUAUGAAGACUCAUGAGGAUGUUAUUGUAAAAUAA